CUUUGACUUGGUUGUGGUUUGUAUAUUCUGUGAUACUUCCUUUCCUUGCCGUAUAUUUCCUGUUAAUUCCUCCUCAUUCCUUUUGUCGUGACCAUGGCCGAUACGAAGAAGAAGGAACCGGCAACUGCUGCUCCAAAAGCAGCUGAUCCUGCACCAAAGAAACCUGCAGGUGCUGGGAAAAAGAAGGCUUUGAGUAAAAAACUCCCUGCCGUUCCAGAGUCUGUAUUGAAGAGGCGCAAGAACCGAGAUGCCAAGAAAGCUAUUAAACUGAAGGUUGCUUUAAAGAAACGAGGGGAGCUUUUCAAGAAGAGGAAAGAAAUUUUCAAACGUGCUGAGAAGUAUGUUAAGGAGUACAGAACCAAGGAGCGUGAUGAAAUCAGACUUGCACGUCAGGCCAAACACAAGGGAAAUUAUUAUAUUCCUGCAGAGGCCAAACUUGCAUUUGUUAUCCGAAUUAGAGGUGUGAACCAAGUCGCUCCAAAAGUUCGCAAAGUGUUGCAGCUCUUCAGAUUGAAGCAGAUCAACAACGGCGUAUUUAUUAAACUUAACAAGGCCACAAUCAAUAUGUUGAGAAUCUGCGAACCCUACAUCACUUGGGGAUACCCCAACCUGAAGAGUGUUCGAGAUCUCAUCUACAAACGUGGAUUCGCCAAGAUCAAGUUGCAGCGCAUCCCUAUCACCUCUAACACAAUCAUUGAGAAGAAGCUGAAAAGAUCCGACAUAAUCUGUGUUGAAGACUUGAUCCAUGAAAUCUUCACCGUUGGACCCAACUUCAAGUAUGCAUCCAACUUCCUCUGGCCGUUUAAGCUGAACACACCAACAGGAGGAUGGCGGAAGAAGACAACUCACUACGUAGAAGGAGGUGACUUUGGUUGCAGGGAGGACAAGAUUAACCAUCUUCUAAGAAAAAUGGUUUAACUUUACUUGUAAACAAAUAAACCUCUUUUUAUGUUAA